GGAGGGAGGGAGGAGGGGAGGGAGGGAGGGCGCACUGAGCGCGCCGCCUCAGGGGCGGAGCGCCUCGGCGGCGUCGGCGGGCGUGAGCUGCCUGCCCUCCCACCUGUCGUCCGUGCCCGCGGGCAGCCGCCCCCGGGGCCCCGCGGGCCGCGACGCCUGUCGGACUGCAUCGGCGUCACAUCGUGGACGGCCGUCGUAAAUUUGUCCAUCAUCUCCU